AUGAAGCUCUCCAUCUUCUCCGUCCUCACCCUCGGCCUCGCCGCAGGCACCCUAGCCGCGCCCACACGGGUGGAGCGCGACCUGCCGACCAUCACAAGCGUGCUCUCCGGCAUCGGCACCAAGGUCGACGCGUUGGGGUCGGCCAUCCAAGCCUACGGUGGCGGCGAUGUGACCAAAGUCCAACAGGCGUCCGACAACUUGGUUACAGCGAUCAACAACGGCAACAGCCAGGUCAGCGGCACGGGGGCGCUCAGCUCCGGCGACGCGCUGGGGCUGCCGGGCCCCGUCAACGACCUUAAGAACAAGAUCGCCACCGUCAUUACCAAGCUCGACGGCAAGAAGUCCCUGAUCGUCCAGGCGGGCAAGGGCGCCCAGACCUACAACGACCUGACCCAGCAGAAGGCCGCCGCCAAGAAGCUGUCCGACACCAUCGUCUCCAAGGUGCCCCAGGAGCUGCAGGGCCUGGCUGGCACCGUCGCCGGCGGCAUCUCUGAUGCCAUUGAGACGGGCGUCAAGGACUUUGCCGAUCAGGCUCCCAGGAGCAAGCGAGGGGUGGAGGCGGUUGCUGUUGCGGUUUGA